GCCCCUCCGUCACGUGACCGCCUCUUCCUCCCCGAAGCCAUCAUUGAAGAGCGACGCUGCAACUCUUCCUCUCUCUCUCUCCCCGUUCCAUGAAGAUUCAUCUCCAAAAUGCUUUUUUGAACAAUCCGCCGCUUUUUAGCCACGCACGACACGCCAGUUUUUAGGCCGAAGGGUCCUGCAACUUUUUCUGAAAGGGAAAGACAAUCUAAGUCUCUCAUCAUGGCAGAAAACAACUUCCCUCCGCUGCCUGGAUUCUUCCCCCUCAGGCCUUGCUUCUACCAGGACUUCAACGAGAUCCCAGACCAGCGCCGCUCUAUGUGCAAGCGCAUCUACUACUUGUGGAUCUUGAACAGUGCCACGCUGGCUGUUAACCUGAUUGGCUGCCUGGCGUGGAUGUGUGGUGGAGGCGGAGCCACCAACUUCGGGAUGGCCUUCCUGUGGCUGAUCCUCUUCACGCCUUGCUCCUACGUGUGUUGGUUCCGGCCGAUCUACAAAGCCUUCAAGACCGACAGCUCCUUCAACUUCAUGGCCUUCUUCUUCGUCUUCAUGGCUCAGGUUGUGAUCAGUAUUAUCCAGAGCGUGGGCAUUCCUGGUUGGGGGGUGUGCGGCUGGCUGGCGACCAUCACCUUCUUCAGCAGCAACAUCGGCUCGGCGGUGGUGAUGCUGAUCCCGACCAUCAUGUUCACCGUUGUGGCGGUGCUGUCCUUCAUCGCCCUGUCCAAGGUGCACAAGCUGUACCGCGGCAGCGGCGGCAGCCUGGGGAAGGCGCAGGAGGAGUGGACCUCGGGGGCCUGGAAGAACCCUCAUGUGCAGCAGGCGGCCAUGAGCGCCGCCCAGGGAGCCGUGCAGCAGAACCAGUACUCUGCGGCGCCCACCUACAACUACGACGAGCCCAUGUAGGACGGCGGCGCUGGACGACACACUUGAUGAUUGGGUGUCACCCGGGAGGAGGAGAAGUGUCCCGUGAAAAUCUGUCCAUCCAUUGUAGUUCCGCGUGGAGUCAAGUAGCAACACUGGUGUUUCAUAUCCAUCCAAAACUUACAUAACCUUCUUUUAUUUAUUUGCCCUGAACUUAAUAGGAUCUCAAGUAUUACAACAUCUUGUUUUUGAUGGACUGCAACUUUUAUUAGUAGAUGGCACAAUACAUUAUAUAUUCCCUACAAUUGACCACUAAAUGCUAACACCCCAAUAAGUUUGUCAACUUCUUUAAGUCGGGGUCCACCUUCAUCAAUUCAUGGUACAAAUAUAUACUAUCAGCAUAAUACAGUCAUCACUCGGUUUCAUCAUCUGAGUACAAACCGUGUUUCCAUAUGAGUUGGGAAAUUGUGUUGGAUGUAAAUAUAAACAGAAUACAAUGAUUUGCAAAUCCUUUUCAAGCCAUAUUCAGUUGAAUAUGCUACAAAGACAACAUAUUUGAUGUUCAAACUGAUAAACCUUCUUUUUGCAAAUAAUCAUUAACUUUGGAAUUUGAUGCCAGCAACACGUGACAAAGAAGUUGGGAAAGGUGGCAAUAAAUACUGAUAAAGUUGAGGAAUGCUCAUCAAACACUUAUUUGGAACAUCCCACAGGUGUGCAGGCUAAUUGGGAACAGGUGGGUGCCAUGAUUGGCUAUAAAAACAGCUUCCAUGAAAUGCUAAGUCAUUCACAAACAAGGAUGGGGUGAGGGUCACCACUUUGUAAGCAAAUAGUCAAACAGUUUUAGAACAACAUUUCUCAACGAGCUAUUGCAAGGAAUUUAGGGAUUUUACCAUCUAUGGUCCGUAAAAUCAUCAAAAGGUUCAGAGAAUCUGGAGAAAUCACUGCACGCAAGCGAUGUUAUUACAGACUUUUGAUCCCUCAGGCGAUACUGCAUCAAAAACCGACAUCAGUGUGUAAAGGAUAUCACCACAUGGGCUCAGGAACACUUAAUAAACCACUGUCAGUAACUACAGUUGGUUGCUACAUCUGUAAGUGCAAGUUAAAACUCUACUAGGCAAAGCCAAACCCAUUUAUCAACAACAUCCAGAAACACCACCGGCUUGGCUGGGCCCGAGCUCAUCUAAGAUGGACUGAUGCAAAGAGGAAAAGUGUUCUGUGGUCUGAUGAGUCCACAUUUCAAAUUAUAUUUGGAAACAGAGGACUUGGUGUCCUCCAGAACAAAGAGGAAAAGAACCAUUCGUAUUGUUCUAGGCACAAAGUGUUAAAGCCAGCAUGUGUGAUGGUAUGGGGGUGUAUUAGUGUGUUGUAGUCAGCAUGUGUGAUGGUAUGGGGGUGUAUUAGUGUGUUGUAGUCAGCAUGUGUGAUGGUAUGGGGGUGUAUUAGUGUGUUGUAGUCAGCAUGUGUGAUGGUAUGGGGGUGUAUUAGUGUGUUGUAGUCAGCAUGUGUGAUGGUAUGGGGGUGUAUUAGUGCCCAAGGCAUGGGUAACUUACACAUCUGUGAAGGCACCAUUAAUGCUGAAUGGUCCAUACAAGGCAACACUAAAUGGUCCCUAGUGCGUGAAUGUUGUCUGUCUAUCUGUGCUGGCCCUGUGAUGAGGUGGCGACUUGUCCAGGGUGUACCCCGCCUUCAGCCCAAUUGUAGCUGAGAUAGGUGCCAGUGCCCCCCGCGACACCAAAUGGGAAUAAAGGGUAAAAAAAUGGAUGGGUCCAUGCAGGUUUUGGAGCAACAUAUGUUGUCAUCCAAGCAACGUUAUCAUGGACGCCCCUGCUUAUUUCAGCAAGACAAUGCCAAGUCAUGUGUUACAACAGUGUGGCUUCGUAGUCAAAGAGUAUGGGUACUUUCCUGGCCCGUCUGCAGUCCAGACCUGACUCCAAUGGAAAAUGUGUGGCGCAUUAUGAAGCGUAAAAUAGGACAGCGGAGACCCCGGACUGUUGAAGGACUGAAGCUCUACAUAAAACAAGAAUGGGAAAGAAUUCCACUUUCAAAGCUUCAACAAUUAGUUUCCUCAGUUCCCAAACGUUUAUUGAGUGUUGUUAAAAGAAAAGGUGAUGUAACACAGUGGUGAACAUGCCCUUUCCCAACUACUUUGGCACCUGUUGCAGCCAUGAAAUUCUAAGUUAAUAAUUAUUUGCAAAAAACUAAAGUUUAUGAGUUUGAACAUCAAAUAUGUUGUCUUUGUAGCAUAUUCAACUGAAUAUGGCUUGAAAAGGAUUUGCAAAUCAUUGUAUUCUGUUUAUAUUUACAUCUAACACAAUUUCCCAACUCACGCAAAAGGGGUUUGUAUAUAUAUUGAAUUAUUGACAUUAUUUACCCCUAAAGGGACAAGUGGUAGAAAAUGGAUGGAUGGACAAUACUUUACAUUAUUUACAAUCCAUCUUCAAGCAAAAAUGGCAACACAAUACUGCGCACGUUCUUCCACAAAUACACGUUAUUACAGUACUAACUCAUGUCAACUCUACACAGUAUUGACCCGAAUAUAAGACGGUUUUUGUUUCUUCAAAAGCUCAGGUGGUUUAGAAGCACACAUAUGGAGAGUGCUGAGAGUCUUUCUUCAUUUAUAUAUAUAUAUAUAUAUAUAUAUGUAUAUAUAUAUAUAUAUAUAUAUAUAUAUGUAUAUAUAUAUACGUAUAUAUAUGUAUAUAUACAUGUGUGUUUUAGGUCAGGAAAAAACACAGAGGCUAUAUCAUCCAUACAAGCCUGUUUCACAGGUUUCCCUGCUCGUCAGGGAAUUUUAUUGAAGUGUCUGUAGUUGUUACGUACAUGUAUAUAUGUAUGUAUGGGUUACACAACAUGUACACAAUAUAAUGUACCCUAUAUAUACAUACAUACAUAUCCAUAUCUAUGUAUGUACACACACAUAUAUUUAUAUACAUAUGUUUGUAUGUAUAUAUAUGUAUGUAUGUGUAUAUAUACAGAGAGAUGUAUAUAUAUAUAUAUAUAUAUACAGUAUAUGUAUAUAUAAAUAUAUAUAUAGAGAUAUAGACACACACACAUUUUUUUUUCUCUAAAUUUGGCCCUCAGGAGUCAAAUUGCCCAGCCCUGCUCUUGAGGCACGGACAAGGAGUGCUAAUUUGUUGUCAAACGUCCCAGAGAUCAUAGCAUCAAUAUUUAGCCAAAAUGUUGAUCUUUGUCUGAUGAUUUGUUUUUAUGCUCUGUGCGGAGGAACCUCUCCUCUCUCUGUUCUUCUUUUUGUGUUUACUGCGUCUGUUAUCAGGUUGAAGUAGGUCUAUAUCUCCGUGUUGCAGGCCCCUGGGUGUGUCGGGCCCAGACAUUAUGUGGGUUUUAAGUGGGUCUAUAUCUCCAUGUUGCAGGCCCCUGGGUGUGUCGGGCCCAGACAUUAUGUGGGUUUUAAGUGGGUCUAUAUCUCCAUGUUGCAGGCCCCUGGGUGUGUCAGGCCCAGACAUUAUGUGGGUUAUAAGUGGGUCUAUAUUUCCAUGUUGUAGGCCCAGACAUUAUGUGGGUUUUAAGUGGGUCUAUAUCUCCGUGUUGCAGGCCCCUGGGUGUGUCAGGCCCAGACAUUAUGUGGGUUAUAAGUGGGUCUAUAUUUCCAUGUUGUAGGCCCAGACAUUAUGUGGGUUUUAAGUGGGUCUAUAUUUCCAUGUUGCAGGCCCCUGGGUGUGUCAGGCCCAGACAUUAUGUGGGUUAUAAGUGGGUCUAUAUCUCCAUGUUGCAGGCCCCUGGGUGUGUCAGGCCCAGACAUUAUGUGGGUUUUAAGUGGGUCUAUAUCUCCAUGUUGCAGGCCCCUGGGUGUGUCAGGCCCAGACAUUAUGUGGGUUAUAAGUGGGUCUAUAUCUCCAUGUUGCAGGCCCCUGGGUGUGUCAGGCCCAGACAUUAUGUGGGUUAUAAGUGGGUCUAUAUUUCCAUGUUGUAGGCCCAGACAUUAUGUGGGUUUUAAGUGGGUCUAUAUCUCCGUGUUGCAGGCCCCUGGGUGUGUCAGGCCCAGACAUUAUGUGGGUUAUAAGUGGGUCUAUAUUUCCAUGUUGUAGGCCCAGACAUUAUGUGGGUUUUAAGUGGGUCUAUAUUUCCAUGUUGCAGGCCCCUGGGUGUGUCAGGCCCAGACAUUAUGUGGGUUAUAAGUGGGUCUAUAUCUCCAUGUUGCAGGCCCCUGGGUGUGUCAGGCCCAGACAUUAUGUGGGUUUUAAGUGGGUCUAUAUCUCCAUGUUGCAGGCCCCUGGGUGUGUCAGGCCCAGACAUUAUGUGGGUUAUAAGUGGGUCUAUAUCUCCAUGUUGCAGGCCCCUGGGUGUGUCAGGCCCAGACAUUAUGUGGGUUAUAAGUGGGUCUAUAUUUCCAUGUUGUAGGCCCAGACAUUAUGUGGGUUUUAAGUGGGUCUAUAUUUCCAUGUUGCAGGCCCCUGGGUGUGUCAGGCCCAGACAUUAUGUGGGUUAUAAGUGGGUCUAUAUCUCCAUGUUGCAGGCCCCUGGGUGUGUCAGGCCCAGACAUUAUGUGGGUUAUAAGUGGGUCUAUAUUUCCAUGUUGUAGGCCCAGACAUUAUGUGGGUUUUAAGUGGGUCUAUAUUUCCAUGUUGCAGGCCCCUGGGUGUGUCAGGCCCAGACAUUAUGUGGGUUAUAAGUGGGUCUAUAUCUCCAUGUUGCAGGCCCCUGGGUGUGUCAGGCCCAGACAUUAUGUGGGUUUUAAGUGGGUCUAUAUCUCCAUGUUGCAGGCCCCUGGGUGUGUCAGGCCCAGACAUUAUGUGGGUUAUAAGUGGGUCUAUAUCUCCAUGUUGCAGGCCCCUGGGUGUGUCAGGCCCAGACAUUAUGUGGGUUUUAAGUGGGUCUAUAUUUCCAUGUUGUAGGCCCAGACAUUAUGUGGGUUUUAAGUGGGUCUAUAUCUCCGUGUUGCAGGCCCCUGGGUGUGUCAGGCCCAGACAUUAUGUGGGUUAUAAGUGGGUCUAUAUUUCCAUGUUGUAGGCCCAGACAUUAUGUGGGUUUUAAGUGGGUCUAUAUUUCCAUGUUGCAGGCCCCUGGGUGUGUCAGGCCCAGACAUUAUGUGGGUUAUAAGUGGGUCUAUAUCUCCAUGUUGCAGGCCCCUGGGUGUGUCAGGCCCAGACAUUAUGUGGGUUUUAAGUGGGUCUAUAUCUCCAUGUUGCAGGCCCCUGGGUGUGUCAGGCCCAGACAUUAUGUGGGUUAUAAGUGGGUCUAUAUUUCCAUGUUGUAGGCCCAGACAUUAUGUGGGUUUUAAGUGGGUCUAUAUUUCCAUGUUGCAGGCCCCUGGGUGUGUCAGGCCCAGACAUUAUGUGGGUUAUAAGUGGGUCUAUAUCUCCAUGUUGCAGGCCCCUGGGUGUGUCAGGCCCAGACAUUAUGUGGGUUAUAAGUGGGUCUAUAUUUCCAUGUUGCAGGCCCCUGGGUGUGUCAGGCCCAGACAUUAUGUGGGUUUUAAGUGGGUCUAUAUUUCCAUGUUGCAGGCCCCUGGGUGUGUCAGGCCCAGACAUUAUGUGGGUUAUAAGUGGGUCUAUAUUUCCAUGUUGUAGGCCCAGACAUUAUGUGGGUUUUAAGUGGGUCUGUAUUUCCAUGUUGCAGGCCCCUGGGUGUGUCAGGCCCAGACAUUAUGUGGGUUAUAAGUGGGUCUAUAUUUCUGUGUGUCAGGCCCAGACAUUAUGUGGGUUUUAAGUGGGUCUAUAUUUCCAUGUUGCAGGCCCCUGGGUGUGUCGGACCCAGACAUUAUGUGGGUUAUAAGUGGGUCUAUAUUUCCAUGUUGUAGGCCCAGACAUUAUGUGGGUUUUAAGUGGGUCUAUAUUUCCAUGUUGCAGGCCCCUGGGUGUGUCAGGCCCAGACAUUAUGUGGGUUAUAAGUGGGUCUAUAUUUCCAUGUUGUAGGCCCAGACAUUAUGUGGGUUUUAAGUGGGUCUAUAUUUCCAUGUUGCAGGCCCCUGUGUGUGUCAGGCCCAGACAUUAUGUGGGUUAUAAGUGGGUCUAUAUUUCCAUGUUGUAGGCCCAGACAUUAUGUGGGUUUUAAGUGGGUCUAUAUUUCCAUGUUGCAGGCCCCUGGGUGUGUCAGGCCCAGACAUUAUGUGGGUUAUAAGUGGGUCUAUAUUUCUGUGUGUCAGGCCCAGACAUUAUGUGGGUUUUAAGUGGGUCUAUAUUUCCAUGUUGCAGGCCCCUGGGUGUGUCGGACCCAGACAUUAUGUGGGUUAUACGUGGGUCUAUAUUUCUGUGUCAGGCCCAGACAUUAUGUGGGUUUUAAGUGGGCCUAUAUUUCCAUGUUGCAGGCCCCUGGGUGUGUCGGACCCAGACAUUAUGUGGGUUAUAAGUGGGUCUAUAUUUCCAUGUUGUAGGCCCAGACAUUAUGUGGGUUUUAAGUGGGUCUAUAUUUCCAUGUUGCAGGCCCCUGGGUGUGUCAGGCCCAGACAUUAUGUGGGUUAUAAGUGGGUCUAUAUCUCCAUGUUGCAGGCCCCUGGGUGUGUCAGGCCCAGACAUUAAGUGGGUUUUAAGUGGGUCUAUAUUUCCAUGUUGCAGGCCCCUGGGUGUGUCGGACCCAGACAUUAUGUGGGUUAUACGUGGGUCUAUAUUUCUGUGUGUCAGGCCCAGACAUUAUGUGGGUUUUAAGUGGGUCUAUAUUUCCAUGUUGCAGGCCCCUGGGUGUGUCAGGCCCAGACUUUAUGUGGGUUAUAAGUGGGUCUAUAUUUCCAUGUUGUAGGCCCAGACAUUAUGUGGGUUUUAAGUGGGUCUAUAUUUCCAUGUUGCAGGCCCCUGGGUGUGUCAGGCCCAGACAUUAUGUGGGUUAUAAGUGGGUCUAUAUUUCCAUGUUGCAGGCCCAGACAUUAUGUGGGUUUUAAGUGGGUCUAUAUUUCCAUGUUGCAGGCCCCUGGGUGUGUCAGGCCCAGACAUUAUGUGGGUUAUAAGUGGGUCUAUAUUUCCAUGUUGCAGGCCCCUGGGUGUGUCAGGCCCAGACAUUAUGUGGGUUAUACGUGGGUCUAUAUCUCCAUGUUGCAGGCCCCUGGGUGUGUCAGGCCCAGACAUUAUGUGGGUUUUAAGUGGGUCUAUAUCUCCAUGUUGCAGGCCCCUGGGUGUGUCAGGCCCAGACAUUAUGUGGGUUAUACGUGGGUCUAUAUUUCUGUGUGUCAGGCCCAGGCAUUAUGUGGGUUUUAAGUGGGUCUAUAUUUCUGUGUGUCAGGCCCAGACAUUAUGUGGGUUUUAAGUGGGUCUAUAUUUCCAUGUUGCAGGCCCCUGGGUGUGUCAGGCCCAGACUUUAUGUGGGUUAUAAGUGGGUCUACAUUUCCAUGUUGUAGGCCCAGACAUUAUGUGGGUUUUAAGUGGGUCUAUAUUUCCAUGUUGCAGGCCCCUGGGUGUGUCGGACCCAGACAUUAUGUGGGUUAUACGUGGGUCUAUAUUUCUGUGUGUCAGGCCCAGGCAUUAUGUGGGUUUUAAGUGGGUCUAUAUUUCCAUGUUGCAGGCCCCUGGGUGUGUCGGACCCAGACAUUAUGUGGGUUAUACGUGGGUCUAUAUUUCUGUGUGUCAGGCCCAGGCAUUAUGUGGGUUUUAAGUGGGUCUAUAUUUCCAUGUUGCAGGCCCCUGGGUGUGUCAGGCCCAGACAUUAUGUGGGUUAUACGUGGGUCUAUAUUUCUGUGUGUCAGGCCCAGGCAUUAUGUGGGUUUUAAGUGGGUCUAUAUUUCCAUGUUGCAGGCCCCUGGGUGUGUCAGGCCCAGACAUUAUGUGGGUUAUACGUGGGUCUAUAUUUCUGUGUGUCAGGCCCAGACAUUAUGUGGGUUUUAAGUGGGUCUAUAUUUCCAUGUUGCAGGCCCCUGGGUGUGUCGGACCCAGACAUUAUGUGGGUUAUACGUGGGUCUAUAUUUCUGUGUGUCAGGCCCAGGCAUUAUGUGGGUUUUAAGUGGGUCUAUAUUUCCAUGUUGCAGGCCCCUGGGUGUGUCAGGCCCAGACAUUAUGUGGGUUAUAAGUGGGUCUAUAUUUCCAUGUUGCAGGCCCAGACAUUAUGUGGGUUAUAAGUGGGUCUAUAUUUCUGUGUGUCAGGCCCAGACAUUAUGUGGGUUAUAAGUGGGUCUAUAUUUCCAUGUUGCAGGCCCCUGGGUGUGUCAGGCCCAGACAUUAUGUCCUCCUUGCAGCCUGAGGUAAAAACUCCUUUUACUGGGCUUUGAAAGUCCCGAGGUGUGCUGCAGUUUUAUCGGGGAAACAUUUAAAGUCAGUGUUGUGAAGGAGUAAGAAGUGGAUGUUGUAGAACAGUGUUGUGGUUUUACUUUCUCCUCGAGUAAAGACUGGAAAGACUCCCUUCCCUCCACCUUUCCCGGUCCUUACGUGUUCUCCCACCAAGUGUGGAUAAUAUGAAGAAAAUACAAUGUGAGCUUCAAGCAAAAGUGUGCAUUUGUGUGUGGUUGUGUCCGUGGGAGGUGGAUUGUGUAGAAGAUGACAGCAGCCACACAAUGUUGGACUUGACAGAAACAUAGAGAAAUCUGUAAGGGAGUGCUUGUUAUUGUGAGUUGUGUUGUCUGACUGUGAUGCCGUGUUCAUCUAUUUGCAGAUUCUGUACUUCAUCUUUCACUUGCUCUUUGUGUCCAUCUCUUCUGCUUGAGCACAUGUACUUUGGACUUUUUCCUCCCAUUUUUUUUUGGUAUUAUUUCAUUAAGAAUUUUAGGACCAUUCUACAAAAUCGGUGCAAUUUGCCUGUUGUAACUCACAAUAAAUGAAAUGUUCUGUCUUUUUUUUAAA